AAUUGUUACAGCUGUUUGCUUUCCUUAAGUUUUUCGGUCGGUUUGUUUGCAUUUCUUAUGGCAUUUCUGGAGGAAACUUUUCAAAGACGUACAAAGAGUUAAUUGGUUAAUUGAUUCCCAGGAAGAGCAGUCUAUCACAGUUAUCUGGUGAUUCUUCUAUUAAUAAAUUCUGGAUUAAUUGGAUAAGAACCAUAGAUUAACAUGAGCAGCUUCCUCAAAGUUGUAAUACCCCGGCUUGUGACGGCAAGGCAGAUGUCUGCCUAUCCCAAACAUUAUGUAGAUCCUGUUUUCAGCAAAGAAGCACAAAACGUCUGCAAAGAACAAGACGAAUACAAUAAACUUUUGCAUGUCCCCACAAAGGCUACAAAAAAUGAUGAAUCUGCAUCUGUGUUUUACAAUCCAUUCGUACAGAAAAUGAUCAACUAUAUGACCUAUGGAGGAAAUAAAAAACUGGCGAGGGAACUAUUCGACCAAGGCAUGGAAUGUAUCAAACGGACACAAAUCGAACGAAUUCACUUGGGCAAAGUAGAGGGAUCUACAGCCGAUCCAUACGAACUGCUACUUCAAGCCAUAGAGAAUAGCAGACCACUUUUACAAUUGACAGCCAUAAAAAGAGGCGGUGUUACGUACCAGGUGCCGGUGCCAGUUACAGAGAAACGAUCCUACUUUUUGGCUAUGAAAUGGCUGCUUGAAGCCGCCAGAGAAAAAGAGCGAAAAGUACAUUUUCCCGAAAAAUUUGCAUGGGAAAUUUUAGAUGCUGCCCAUGGCCAGGGAAGAGUAAUAAAAAGGAAAAAUGAUUUACACAGACAAGCGGAGAGCAAUAGGGCCUAUGCUCAUUAUCGUUGGAGUUAAUUAUGUUUUAUUUUUAAAAUAUUUAAUAAACUAUCACUUGUUAAAUAAACCGAA